AGCUUUAUAAAGAUAAGAGACUUCCCCCAUGGAUUCCCGAGGCCAGACUUCAUGAUCUAUAGGAUGCUUCAGUUACCAUGUCGACAACUACGACCGACACGCUGAUUGCGAGCCUGAUUUGGGAGCCGUGGGAGAAAUAUGGCUGGAGGACGCCGGUUAUUGAGCAGCGAGGUAAGAAUGAGAGUGGUUUCCUUUGCAGGCGAUGAUGGCUAUGGCGGUCUCAAUGGCGGUCUGCUUCCUUUACACCGCCACACCGCCCGGCGAUCCUCAUUGGGGCCACCAUCCCUCAUUUCAUCAUUCAUCCAUCCAUUCAUUCUGUAUUAUUGCUUUUUACUCUACACUGUGAACGCCAAGACAUCCUCCAGCAUUCCUCGCGGGCUCAAUCUCACAAUUUCCUGUCAGUCUCGCAACAUCUAUGACUGGUCUACCCCCGGGGCAAGGAACAUUGAAUUACCCCUGACUUACUUCUUCGUCCUCGUCCCCGUCGUGGCUGUGUCUAAUUCGUGUGUCCGAUCUCGCUCCGCCUGACUCACCCUCACGCGAUCAAAACCACGAGCUGUUGCUGCGUCUCACCGCAUCCCAUUUUAUUCCCUUUUCCCAUCACAUCAUAUUCCCACGUCACGUGAACUCAGCCAUUGAUCCUGCAGAAUCAUCCUA